UAAUUUGUUUAAUCGAAUAAGAACAUUAUGGAAGUAUUUAAUAAGAUAUAUUCCCAAGUAAGCAGUUCUGUUAGUAGCACAGUAUCACAAUUAUCAGGUGUUUUACCCGGUAAUCCUGUUACUCGUGAAUUUGAUGCUGCAGCACAUAUUGCUUCAGCUGGACCAGGACUAUUAUGGAAAAUAUACAAGGGCAGCAAACGUUCAACCAAACAGGAAGCUUCCAUAUUCGUUUUCGAAAAAAGACAACUGGAAAAGUACAACAAAACAGACAGGGAACUAGUUUUAGAAACAUUGAGACGUGGAGUCACGCAAUUAACUAAAAUCCGCCACCCACAAAUACUCACUGUUCAACAUCCCUUAGAGGAGAGCCGCGAAAGUCUUGCAUUUGCCACAGAACCAGUUUUUGCAAGUCUGGCUAAUGUUUUAGGAGAAACUACAAAUAUGCCUCAACCUGCAAACAUGUCAGAUUAUAAACUUUAUGACAUAGAAACUAAAUAUGGAUUGCUGCAGUUAAGUGAAGGAUUGGCUUUUCUUCACAAUGAUGUAAAACUUAUUCAUAAAAACAUUUGUCCAGAGACUAUUAUUAUUAACAAUCAAGGUGUGUGGAAGAUAUUUGGGUUAGACUUCUGUGUGCACAAUACAAGUCCAGCUAAUAGUGUCCCAGUUUAUCCAUUUGAAGAGUUCAGUAUGACUUUACCAAGUGUCUGUAGACCAAAUUUGGAUUAUUUAGCUCCUGAGUGUGUGAUUCAACAAAAACAUUCACCAGCCAGUGAUAUGUUCUCCUUUGGAAUGUUGUCCUUUGCAUUAAGCUCUCCCACUAAGCAAUGCAUAACUCCAGUCAAAGAUAUACAGCAGUUUAAAAAUAGAGUUCAACAAUUAAAGAAUUUAACACCUAGCAAGUUACAGUGUAUGCCUGAGGCUCUUAGAGAAUAUACCAAGUUGUUACUUAAUGUUUCACCAGAAGUUAGACCAGAUGCUCACCAAUUUGUUAAGAUUCCUUAUUUUGAAGAUGUUGGCAUUAAAACACUAACUUAUCUGGAUUCCUUGCUUCAGUGGGAUAAUUUACAAAAAUCCCAGUUUUAUAAGGGUCUGCCAGAUGCAUUGCCCAAGUUACCUCAGAGAGUGAAAGUGCAAAGGGUUUUGUCCUGUUUAGUCAGGGACUUAGCACAGCCUGCAAUGGUGCCUUUCGUACUCCCUAGCAUAUUUGACAUUGCUCAGGAAUGCACUCAGAAAGAAUUCUGUACUUACAUACUUCCACACCUCAAAGGUGUGAUGAAACUGAUGGAACCAGUGCAAAUUCUUCUAAUAAUGUUACAAAGAAUGGAAUUGUUACUGAAACUGACUCCCGCCGAUGACGUCCAGCAACACGUCCUCCCAAUGUUGUAUCGCGGUCUGGACUCGGAUUCUCCCCAAAUCCACGAGUUGUGUCUGUCAGUUUUACCCACGUUCGCUGGUCUUUUGGACCAUGCCAACGUAAAGAACAGUCUUCUCCCACGCAUUAAGCGCUUAUGUUUGACCACUAACACACUUUCAGUGAGGGUAAACUGUUUAUUGUGUGUGGGGCGACUACUGGAGCACUUGGACAAAUGGUUGGUGCUGGAUGAGGUUCUGCCGUUCUUGCCGCAGAUACCUUCAAGAGAGCCAGCUGUUCUGAUGGGUAUUUUAGGAAUUUAUAAGUUGGCAAUGAAUCAUAAGAAACUAGGUAUCAGUAAAGAAAUCAUAGCUUCCAGGAUUCUACCGUUUUUGAUUCCACUUUGUAUUGAAAACGGUUUGACGAUUGCUCAGUUCAAUGCACUUGUCGCUCUUGUAAAGGACAUGUUUCAAUUGGUAGAAACUGAGCAUAGGACGAAACUUGAACAGCUAAAUUCUGUAAAAGAUGAACAGAAAGCCCUAUCCAUGAAUAUGCCUGAAGUAACUUCAAAAGCACAGCCCGCGAAAAUGGAUAACGCAUUUACAGGUCUUGGUCUAGAAACCUUUGCCAAUUCUGUUACUAUUCAGGAUAAACAAAAUUUGGCGCAACAACAAGAGGCAGCAAAAUUGUUCACUGCCCAACCUAGCAUUGAACCAUUGAAAAUUGAAAAAACUAAGACUUCUCCACCAAAAGAUCUAACCUCCAGUCUCAUUCAAAGCCCAACUUGGACUGAAUCACCCAAAAUACAAACUCCUGCUAACAUCAAUUUAAAUUUGCAAAUGCAAACAUCCCCAAGCCCCAUGUGGAGUGGACCGCCUAAAAUACAAAGCCCCCCAAAUAUUAAUAUGGGCUUGCCCAUGCAAAAUUACAAACCACCAAUUAAUCAAAUUAAUCAACAAGGUCAAUGGGGAAUGAAUCAAAAUUCAAAUCCGUGGUCUAGCAGUCAACCAUCAACUAAUAUGAAUUUUGGAAAAAAUACAACCGGACAAAAUUGGAGCGCUUUGGAUAAUCUUUUGCCGACGACUAAUGCGAACCGGAUGCCCAUGAAUCAAAUGUCGUUUAACCAACCACUCAUACCCCCGUCGAAUAACAAUACCGGUGCGAGCGGUAAGCUUUCUAGUGAUGACAUUAUGGAUCUGUUGAGUUAAUUCCAUACUGACUGAUUAUGUUGUAAUAUUGUGUUUGUAAUGCAAUCUACGAUUUUUGGUAACUUUAGUAAACUUAAAACAUUCCUGUGAGUAGUACAUCCAGUCAUAGAUUUUAUGUUUUAGGUCUGUAUAAAAUUACGUUUAGGUUAAAAAUCAAAAACCUCAUAAUUUAUUUAUUUCAUACAUAAAAUAAUUUUUAUAUUUGACUAUUGUUUUAGUGACUGGUUGCAAUUUGUGAUAUUUUUUUGCUUUUACUAAAAAUUUAAUUUAAGUACUUUGCUUGAAUUUAUGUUUACCUGUAUCAUCUCAUUUAAAAUAAUAAAUUUGUAUGCAAAUUAUAAAUUUAAAAUGGUAGAGUAACAAAAGAACUUGUUCAAAUAAUAGUUAUAUUUUAGAAAUGCAAACUACAAUUGAGGUUUAUCUGAAAGUUAUAUCUCUAAUCUAUUUUCUCUACAAUCUUAAUUAUAUUUUUAACUAGAGCACUAAUAAAAACCAAAUUUUAUUUUAAAUGUUUUAUUAUAAUCAAUCUAUUUAAUAAAAGUCAAAUCAAAGUGUUUA